AGGUACAAUCAAAAACAACAGAUAUGGUUGGAAAAAUUGUUGAGUAUGUUCCUCAGCAACAGACGAAUGGAUAUUUAACUUAUAAUUUUCCAUAUGUACAAAAGAUGCCUCCGCAACAGAAUCCACAACAAUACCAACCCUUCCUAGCUCAUCAUCGGCCUCGGUGCAAUAUUCAAAUGGUCGACCUGUUAUUCCGCCAGCAUAUACCUCACAACAAGAUCCAAAUCGUCGAAAUUUCCCUCCUUAUCAAAUGACACAAACAAUUCAAAAUAAUUCAUCGCGUUAUCCAACCUAUCCUUCAAAUCAACUUCACUCUGAAAAUAAUCGUCCGGUAUUUUCCCCGUAUUCUUUCCCACAGCAUCAUCAGCCGCCGCAAGAUAUCCGUCAAACUCAACCAGCUACUUACCCAAUACAGAUGAAUACUCUCCCCGCUUCAACCCAACCAAGAGUAGUGCCUGCGUACACUCAUAUUCAGCAAAACGUUCCUGCUACUCCCACUAUAGAAACAUCGAUUUCAACGUAUGUUCCAGUUCAAAGAUCGGAACGUAGUGGUUUAGAUAACCUUUCAUUGGCCGCAGAAUUGAUAUUAUCUUCGGCUAUUCCUUCAUCCACAUCGAUAUCGAAGCAAGAUGGUCAGCAAAUUAUUUCUAAUUCUACUCCAAAAAAAAAUUCUAGCAGAGAAGUAUCGUCAUCGUCAGACUGUUCAACAAUUUCAAUGGAAACGCCAAUAAAUGUUUCCACCUCUGCAGCUAGUACUUCACUUGUUGAAACACAUAUUAACAUUAAACAAACUAAUGGAAUGUCAACCCCAUCGACACCACCACCUAGAUUUAACACAAGACUCGUUAACUCAUCAAAGAACAUAUCUACUCCUGAUACAAUAACAGUGAUAGCAGAUGACGAUAUUGGAUAUAAGAGUACACCAAUUUAUGCAGAUGGACAUUCUAUACAUACAUUAUCACCUUCUAUGGAGGUAUAUGAAGAUAAUCAUUCAUCAAGUGGUGAUGAGACGGAUGAAUUUAUACAUGGUGAAGGAAAUCAUCAAGUUUUGGAAGAAAGUAAAUCUGAUGUUAAAAGUGACUUAACAACAGAGAGCAUUAAUGUAGAUGUAACUUCUAAUCAUCAUAAAGAAGAGUCAGAGGAAGAAUCAAAUGGGCCGCCUAAGAAAAAACGACGUUUAUCAAAUGUAAAACGCGUCCUCCCACCUGUGCAAAUUUUUUAAUUUGCUUUUAUUUUAUUUUAUUUUUUACUAUUGUUAUAAUGAGGAAGACAAAAAAGUAAGGAAUUUUUUGAAAAUUUUCCUUGAUAAUUUUUAUUUUAUUUCAUUUGUUGCAAAAGUUUUAAGCUCAAAAAUAUAUAACAAAAAUUUUGUAAUUAUUCUUAUGGGAUGGGUGAGGUAAUUUUUUCUUCAUAUAUAAUAAAUUUUUAAAACUUUAGGAUAUUAAAAAAGUUUUUUUUUU